AUGAGGCGGCCUGGUGCAGCAAAUUCGGUUGCCUGGAAACAUCAAAACCGAGAGAUUCAGCUGGGUUCCAGCAACCUUAUGAGUAGUGCAUUACGUCUAAACAUGUAUCGCGAUUUCUCGAAUAUCGUAGCGAUUAAAACACGAGGCGGCCUGGUGCAAAACAUUCAGUUGCCCGGAAACAUCACAAACGAGAGAUUGAGCUGGGUUCCAGUGACGGACUAUCGCGAGAACAAACUACUGUGUUCAAAAAUGUUCCUUACGCGGAAAUUUCUGCUAAGUUUGCCCCAAAACUUUCAUCAAUCUGUAACACAUCAGGAAUACAAAGAUGAAAUCUGUUUGGUUACCUAUCAUACACUUAGUCAGUGGCAUCUAUAG